GAUCCAUCAAUGCAUGACGGGGACGAAUGGGAAUGCUCGUUUGCAGAUAAUGGGUUAUCUAUCAAAAGCAACGGGUUAAGGAUAGGAGGAUCCAACGUUAGCCGGACUGAAACAGAGGAAAACCGAUGCUUUGUUGAAACUGACAAAGAUUCUGUGGCGGCAAAAUCCUUGAUUAUGGACAAGAAUGAUACCAUCAACGUACAAGUAAACGGCACAUUUGUCGCGAGCUGCAAUCAUCGGAAUAGAACAGCAGAAUUGAGUGAACCAGAAUUCAAGGAACUCUUCGGCAUAUCUAUCACACCAAGAGGAUGGUGCAUAUUUACCGUCUUCAACUUAACUGGAACCCAGCAUCGGAUUAAUAUAUCCUCUACUUCAGCAUUGAAAGAAGUCUUCAUUGAACACAAAGCCUAUCCAGAAUGUAUGGGGCCUUCCAAUCUGGAUUUUACCCUGAAAGGGAAGGAAGGCCAUACACAAGAAAAAGAAGGCCAUGAACUAGAAAAAGAAAAAAAUUGCAGCAUUUUGAGUUGGUUGGUAGGGUUCUUUGUUCUGCUGCCGCUUGGAAGCGGGAUUGGAAUUGCGAUCACUUGCCUAUUUUUUAAGAAAGAUGUCUGCAAUGUACAAAGACGUAUAUUGAAGGGCACACAGACACCUCAUGCUGGCGAAUCUGAAGGACAAGAAACUCCAGAUGAAGAAAGAGAAUUAACGGAACAAAAUCCAGAGUCCAAUGGUGAAAUACAUGUAGGACAGAAUGGUGGGGCCCAGGCAAGCCACAGAGGAGAUACAGGACCUUGGGCAAGAUUUGUGGAAUAUUUGCGGACCUGUUUCCAUCGUAACCAGUGAGCCGCGAAACAAAUUAUCACUGCGUUUAGUAUCCGCAGCUUUUACGAGCUUUGUCAACUUCACAAGGAAGAUGAGGACAAUAUGGAGGAUGUGAAAGCCACUCACCUUAUCGCUUCAUCAACUCAGCACAUUCCUUAUUUUUCAUGUUUUGAUAGGUCAUGUAGUUAGCUUGUCUUAAUGAUUUGUAUUGUCAUUGUAAAUUUGUGCCCCUUAACAGGGUUUGUUUUUGGGUUUUUGACUAAUUGGCUUGUACCUGUAUUUUUCCUUGUAUUAAUACAAUGAAAAAUACAGGUACAAGCCAAUUAGUGUGUUGUCAUUGUAUUUAAUGUUUUUUAAAUGUAGUGAAUUGAUUCCAGGUAAAUUGAAAUUAAUAAAGAAAAUUUGUCCAUAUUAGGAAAACUUACAUAUUUUAAUCACAUUAGUAAAAUAAUGUAACCAAGAAAUUUCUCAUUUUCAUUAAAAAAGCAGAUGAAUAUUUGUUUUGACAAAAAUAUUGAUUAAAUUGUCCAGUUUUAAAUAAAGAAUAUGAAUUAAGAAUGUUGCUUACAUUUGAAAAAAAAAAAAAUAUAAUGAAAAUUGAUUUAAAAUAAAAAAGUACAUACUUGUUUUUGACUAUUUAAUCAAAAUGUAGCUUUUAAAAGGGAUUUAUUAUACGUAAAAUUAAAUUUUCUGCUUGAAUUGAGAGAAAAUGAAAGUACAAUUAAACAUUAAAAGAUAAAAAAAAAUUACAGUGAACAAAAAACGAUUUAGAUUUUUUUCGUAUAUACCAUUGUUUGAAAGUCACUCAUUUAGUACAGCACAUCUUGUUAAGAUCUUUGUGUCGAACUAUGCAAAAACAUGAAACUAAUUUGUAUUGUAUAUUGUUA